GAAGGGAUUUUGUAAGCCCGUUUGCUGCCCGCAUUUCAGACACAGAGAAAGUUCUAUGGGGAGAGGGGGGGGAGAGGGACUAAUGGCGACGCUUGGCAAGUCCCUCAGCCUCACGGCCUCAGUCCAAGUUGUUGCGGUCUGAUGAGAAGCAACCGCGCAUGUCUUCUUGAUUUUAAUUCCAGCCAGUGACUUGGGGCAGAAUGGAGGCCAUGAUGGGGGCCGUGCGAAUGGACCUGGACAAUGCCAAAGACAGAGCACAUCUUGACAGAAUCUGCACCAACGUUGCAUCUCCUGACCCAAAGGUCAGCAUGAUGGCCCUCUUCGAUUAUGUAGGUGCCCAGGACGUCGCCCUGCGAACGCUGAAGACACCAGGCCUGGUCAACAUGAGUCUGUACUGUCUAGAAAGGGGGCUCCUUGUGGCAGUACGGGACAAGCUUCGCAACCUGCAGGAGCCAGAGCUGUUCAGAACCACGCUGCCUGUCUUCAGUGACUUCUACUGGCUUGUGGGCAUCUUGGUCUACACGGCGAGGGAUCCAAGGACGGUGAAGGCUGUCUUGCGGCAGUUCCCGGAUGUGGUGAAGGUUCUGGAGGAGAAGGCCUUCUCAAAGACUAGCGAGAAGAGAGCGAAGAAGUUUUUGGAGGUGCAAAUGGCAGCCUGCAAAGCGCUAACCUGCUUGACAUCUUUUGAUGCUCUGGGCACUGCCGAUAUUAGGGACCAGAUUGUGGCAGGGGGGAAAGUGAUUCCGCGUAUGAUGAAGCUUUGGGAGAUGAAACUUCUGAGGGAGACCGACACGGAGAAGGACGUUCGGUCCAUUUUGAUCCUGCUCAAGAACUGCUUGGGCAGUGGAAGCACCACCGCUCUUAGAUGUGAUGUAGGGGAGCUAGCCUGCGUGAUCCCCUUCGCAGCGUUGGUGCUGCAUGAGUCUACCAAGCCGGAUUACCUUCUCACAAGCUGCCAUGUUCUAGCCUCCCUUGGGAAGCAGAAUGGAGAGUUGAGAUUGAAAUUAGCGGCUACCCCCAAGGCAGAUUGCUUUAAAGAGGCUGGCGUCAAUGUGGAGCACUUUCGCGCGCCUGCUAGAAAGUGUUCAUUGGGGGGGUGCUCCGCAACGGAAACGAGUGAAAAGAAGUUGCGGAGAUGUAGCAAGUGUCUGCAAGCUGCUUACUGCAGAAGAAGCAUUGGCCAACACACAAGAUCGUUUGCAAGACCGUUAAGCCGAAGAAAGUUCCCGGAAAGUGAGCCUGAUAAGUGAAGGUGCAAGACCAACUGUUCGAGAUCUUCUGUACAUAUGGCCGACCUAGGACUCUAGCAGCCUUUGCAGCAACGCGUAAAGUGGGCAACUACAUGGCUCUUUCGUUCAUCUAGAGCAGACUCUUUUCGUGAAUGGGAGCAUGAAGUGGCAACUGUUACAUCUACUCGUCAUAGGUCGUUCUCCUUCGAAAUCAUUGCGCUCGUGAGCAUGUUAGGGGGCUGAGCUCGAGUUUCUGAAUCGCAAUCAUUGGAUUCUGUAACCCAACAGCCCAGAUUUGUUUAGAUAAUGUCUAUACGAAGAAGACCUUGAAACGCCUUCCUUUCCAAAGCUGUGGUACGGUCGAAGCAGGAAACAUAACACAGACUGCGCUACAUAGUGACCGUUUUAGUUGCAGCGAGUCCAGAAACGAGAUUACCCCAGAAACCUGCAGGUUGUACAAGAAAGUGAUUCGAACGGUUUGAUAAUCGUGAAAUACAGCCAUGAUGGUCACGGUUGUCAAGUAGUAAGUCUAGGAUUAGAUUGGACGAUAGGACUCAAUGAGGGAAGCAGGCAUAGGACUCAGUAUGUAACCAUGAAAAGUACAUGUUUUGGCCAUUAUAUUUGAAGGGUCUAGGGUGCACAAGACAUGGAUCAUUAGGCGCAAGCUGCAAUAGUAAUUUCCUUGACAAAGUUCUAUGUACGAAGAUAGACUGAGGUUUGGCAGAUGGGCCAGAUCUAGAUUCAUACGAGGUCGGG